AUGCUGUGGUGCCUCAAACCGAGGGAUGAUUUGACGGCUUGUGAAAGGACAUUGGGUGAUCUGAAUGGCCUCUACAAAAGGCUGUGCGACCUCGAGCUCACGACUGUGGAGCCGAAGCAUUUUACCGACAUCACGAAAGAGAUCCGUGAUACGCUAUGGGCUGAGAUUACCAUGUUUGGCAACAAUGUUGCCUCCCUCAAGAGCCAUGUGGCUCCAAAGCCCAAACGGGCGGCGAAGCCUGCAGCGGCCAAGGAGGAGGAAUGUGAUGCUGCCGUGACCAAUGUGCUCAUGACCUACGUGGCCCGCAACUUCAAUAAUGCUGUGACCAAGCGUGGCUUUGCUCUCCGUAUUCCAAUAUCUCACGUCAAAGUGUUGGCUCCUGAUGGGAAUGGUAUGGUCAAUCAUCCUAUUCUAUGCAUACAAGAUACGGCCAAAGAGAUUUUCCGCAGCUACGAGGAUAAGCUUUUUGCAGGUCGAUCGGUGCCAGCAGCACAGGGGCUUUUUCUGAGAUUCUGGAGGACCUUUCGUCAAGUUCAGCCCAAUAGCAAAGUCUUCCAAAUCCAUUCCCAAGAUGAACUACAGUUUUGUAUCCCUUGCAAGAUUCAUAUGGAUGAGGGCACUGGGGUACGGAAGAGUGCAGUUCUCCAGUGCUCUUGGGGACCCGUCCUCGCAUCUGGUGCUGCUAGUUGGCUCCGAUAUUUUUUUUGGACUGCCAUGGGUCACGAAUCGUACCGGCAGCAUAAUAUGGGUUGGGAAUGGGGCAACGAAGUAUUGGACUCAUUGACGGAGGAGUUGGCAAAGCAAGCAACAUCGGCCAUGGAGACUGGUAUCGCCACAAAGCAUGGAACUUUUUUCUUGUGCUUUAUCAGUCUGGAAGGUGAUCUCCCUGCUCAGGCAAAGGUUUUUCAUUGCGUGCGAAAUUUCUUGCGUGUUCCGAACCCCAUGUGUCCAUGGUGCUCGGCCGAUGGAGAUACGAUCCCAUUCACUGACGUUCGUGCUGGAGCUUCUUGGAGGGCCACAGUGGGUCAGCACGUCCCAUGGUCCGUCGAGCCGCCAUUGGCUGCUUUAACCAGGAACGGUGAGGCGUCCUUUUUGGCGCAAGAUCUUUUUCACGUCGUGAAUUUGGGAAUUGGUCGUACGUUCUUUGCUUCAGCACUUUGUUUCUUGAUUCACCUGGGUCAUUUUAUUCCCACAGACCAGGCUCUCGGGCGAAGCAUUCCUGUGAGGAUAGAUGAAGCCUAUAAUGAUUUCAAGCACUUUUGCAAGCAUGUCAUGAAAAUGACACCCAUGGUUAAGCACUGGACGAGAGAGAAUCUCGGUUGGAAAGGCCCGGAUACCAUGCCAUCCACAAGUUUCAAAGCUUCGGACACGUAUUUGAUGCUAUCGUGGCUUGUGGACUAUUUGCAACGACCUUUUGAACCCAACAACUACAUCAAGAACAUGUUUGCUUGUGCUCACAGUGCGGCAGAAGCUUUGGACCGAUUUCUGAUCAAAUACAUUCGGCUCGCAUUCGAUGCCAACAACGACAGGAAACAAUUGUCAAGCCAGCAGCGUAUCUUGAAUCCGAUGGCAUUCUCUACCGCCAUGGCCGAGGAUUAUGUUGGCAGGGCUUCUGUUAUUUCGAGGACGACGCAUCAGAUAGCUAUGCCGCUGCGCACGGCGCAGAAGUGGUUGAUUGACACCAGACUUCGGUGGCGGGGUGAGCGAUAA